CUCUUUCUACUCACUUGGUUCCCUCUGGCCACUCUCUCACAAUCUUCGACUACGCCCAUCCUACCGUUUGAGCACAGCUCUCCCUGAACCCGAUCAUCUCGCAGCAUGGAUUUCUUCUUCUGUAUCCCCGUCAUCUUCGGAUGCCCAACCAAGAUUAAGCAGGAGGGCAAUGGCCAGCCUCACGUCUGCCCACGCUGCCACAAUGCCCAGGUGGUGACGGGCAAGAGCCGGACGUGGUUCGAGCUUUGCUGGAUUCCUCUGAUCCCUUUCAAGACCAAGCAUAUCUACAUCUGUGGCAUCUGCCAAUGGCAAGCACCCCAGGACGGUUCAUACCAGCCGCCAGUGGCUGGAGGAGGUGGAGGAUACCAACCUCAACAACCGGGCUACGGUCCACCGCAGGGCUACCCACCCAAGUAGAGAGAGAGAGCCCCGAAAGGCUAUCUGCACCUAUACACGCCCUUUCUCUUCUCAGUCGUGCUCUUUCAAUGUCCCCCUUGGCUGC